AUGCUUGUAGGAGUUAGCGCGACGAUUUUUACAUUACAAAACAAAUGUGAGAACGAUAUCUGGCCAGGUAUUCAACCAGGAGCAGGCAAAGACAAUCUAAGAAAUGGCGGGUUUCGGUUAGGACCCAAUGAAGUUGUUACCGUAAAUGCACCCUAUGGUUGGUCAGGUCGUUUUUGGGGUAGAGUUGGUUGCUCAUUCGACCAAACUGGUAAGGGUUCUUGUUUGACAGGUGACUGUGGAGGUGUAUUAGAAUGCUCUGGCGCAGGCGGUGCACCAGCUGCUUCACUUGCUGAGUUCACAGUCAAUAGUCCCAAUGAUUUUUACGAUAUUAGCCUUGUCGAUGGCUUUAACGUUCCCAUAUCCAUAUCGCCUUCAGGUGGAACAGGGAUGUGUAAAUCACUAAGUUGUGCUUCAGAUUUGAACCAAAAUUGCCCUAGUAGUUUACAAGUCUUGUAUAAGAAACGGGUUAUGGAAUGUAAAAGUGCAUGCAUGGUGUUCAAUACUCCUGAAUAUUGUUGCACAGGUGCUUAUGCACAACCAUCAAUGUGCAAACCAACAAACUACUCAAAUCUCUUCAAGGAAGCUUGCCCAGAUGCAUAUAGAUAUGCAUUUGAUGACUCAACAAGUAUCGUAACAUGUACUGGAGCUAAUUAUUUGAUUACAUUUUGCUAA